AUGAAGUUCAGUUCAGGGAGAAUUGUGAAGUUAAAGUCCCACGUCCCCACGUGGCUAUAUACCUGCUUCAACCCUCUGGAGUCGCGUAUUCUACAGCAGGAUCAAUUGUGGAAAAGCAAGAGAGAAAUCAUGAAAUCUGCUGUGUUCUUCGUCGCCUUUGUGGCAGCAGUUGCAGCUGACAAAAUCCCUGACUUCUUAGUACCAGGAAAGUGUCCAGCUGUAAACGAGAAAGCUCUCUUCGAAAAACAAAUACCUAAUCAUUCGAAGUAUGCUGGCGUCUGGUAUGAAAUUGCCCUCACAAACAACCCAUACCAACUCCUCAAGCAGUGCGUCCGCAACGAAUAUUCCUUUGAUGGAAGCAAAUUCAUCGCCAAGUCUACUGGCAUCAAACGCUGA